ACAAUUAAAUAUAAAAGAGAGACACUGUACUACAGAUCUAAAUGUUCUUCACAUAUUUUUAUUUUCCUGUUGUCACCCUUCAGAUAUCAGAUUGCAGCUAGUCUCAAUAUGCAUCGCUACGCCUUGGUGUUUGGAGUAAACACCUUCGUGGCCCUGCUGCUGCAGUCUCUCCUCACUGUGGUGGUGGUGGACUCAGCUGGCCUCGGCCUCGAUGUUUUCACUCAGUACCUCAUCUAUGGCGGCUACUUUGCUGUAAUUUCAAUGGUCUUUCUCCUUGCUGGGCUUUACAAAUUGGCCUACAGGAGACACUCCAAACAAGAGGAGGAGGGCCUGGCCAACAGCCAAGCUUAAACAGAGUCAGACUCUCCUCCAAUCAGGGAUACCAUCUGAUGCAGAUAGGAUAUACAUUAUAAUGAUAGAUCUUGUUUAGCUUCUCACAUACUAAAGCACCAUA